UAUCUCCUCCUCUCCCCGCCCACCUUUGCUCCAGGAAGCACCCUGUUGCCUGACGAGCUCCGGCUGAGCCCGCUCUCCCCGGGGCCGGGCGCGUCCCCCGCGUACAGAACGAGGGGACACCCGCGCGCGCGCUCGCGCUUGCGCUUCCUCCCCGGGCAGAACGCCGCGCGCUACCGCGCCAGCCCCGCGCGGGAAGCGCGCCCCCGCUGUCUUGCAGUUUGCAGGCCCCGCUUGCAAAGUGGCGACAUGGCGCUCGUGCCCUGCCAGGUGCUGAGAGUCGCCAUCCUCCUCUCCUACUUCUCCAUCCUGUGCGCUUACAACGCCAUUGACAUGCCAGCGCAUCAGACCUAUGGAGGGAGCUGGAAAUUUCUGACAUUCAUAGACCUGGUUAUCCAGGCUGUCUUUUUUGGGAUCUGCGUAUUGACCGAUCUCUCCAGUCUUCUCACCAAAGGAAGUGACAGCCAAGAACAAGAAAGACAGUUAAAAAAGCUCAUUUCCCUCCGUGACUGGAUGAUGGCUGUUUUAGCCUUUCCUGUUGGAGUUUUUGUUGUGACAAUGUUUUGGAGCCUCUAUAUUUAUGACAGAGAAGUGGUUUACCCAAAGCUUCUUGAUAAUUUUAUACCAUCUUGGCUGAAUCAUGGAAUGAUUACAAACCUUUCCCUUCCUGUAUUCUUCUAAGAACAACUUGAAUAUUCAUCAAAAGAUAGUUCUACGAAGAGUUUUUGUAUCAGAUUUGCCCUGAGAUGAACCUAGAUUUGGGCCUUGCGCUGGAAGGAACACUAUUAGUGUUUUAGUUUUAUUACCCAAGCCUUGGUUAUUUAUCUUCCAUGUCAGCAUCUCAAAAACAUGUACCCAACCUCCAUUCCCUCCUCCCCCUCUCUGUUUUUCUGGCUGCUUCUUUCUUGUAGUUGCAAGAAAAAAAAAUAAUUCUCCUCCUCCUGGAAUAUCUCUUUCCCUGAAGAUUUGAGGCAACACAUUUAUUUUCUGCUAAUGGAAUUCUUUCCAUGGCAGCAAAUUAUGACUUUGCAAAAACAGAGUGUGUUGUAAACUGUCAGUAUCCAAGUGAAGUUGCAGCCAUACAGAGUCAAGUUUGAGUUUGAGUUUGGGCUCCCACUGUUACCAGCUCACGUGCAUGUACACAUACUCAACCACUUUUAAAUAGAACAGUUGUAGAAUAGAUGGCCUAGUUAGAUUAUUUUUAGUUUUUGACCUUCUCAGAUAUGAACUACAACACAUUAAAACGUAAUGAGGUGGCACUAUUAUUUAUUUCAUAGGACAGGUCCAAGGUGAAAUAUCAACAUGAGGGGGGAGGAAGAAUAAAGACUGAUACACUAUCAUUUUUAGUAACAAAUGGCCAGUUCCUUUUGGUAACUCUAAUUUUACAUGAGUCUGAUAGGGCAUACCUACUGCACACUCAGAAUAUGUGGGAAAGGGUUAGCAGCGACAGAUGGGAAAAGGGUAAGGACCAACCCAGAUAAAUUAUCAGAUAUGAUGACUGGAGAGAGAGAUUCCUGCUGGGAGUCACAUAAGAGAUGCAAAGAGAAGGCCCCUGGGUUGGGAGCCUGAGUGCAAUAAAAUCCCUCUCCUUCCUGCUAUUAUCAUAGCAGGGGCAAAUGCUGAACCUGCUUGGAACAACUAACUAAGAGUUGUGAUAGAGUCGCCAUCUCUGGAAAAGUUUAAAUCAAGAUGGGAGGUUUUUCUAAAAGCUAUGCUCUAGUCCAGACAGGAAUUAAACCAGGGAAGUCUUAUGGCCUGUGUUAUAGAGGAGAUCAGACUAGAUGAUCACAGUGGUCCCUUCUGACAUUAUUUAUGAAUGUCUGAACCUCGCUGACGAGAAGUGCUGGGAGGGAAUUGGUGAGCUUAUCUCCUGGUUACCCAGGGAGAGCUGGGAUGACCCGGUUAGAUCUGAGUCAGGGACUGUAUUAACUGUUGUUAGCACAUGAAGAAAGCCCACCUUAACCCUCCAGACUCAAAAACCCUCAUUUACUGUGGGUCUGUGCUGGGCUUGAAAGAAGCAGGAGCUUCAUUUUGUGUUGGUCCACAAUAAAGUCUUGGAAGGCAUUUUGAA